UGCUCUUCACUCUCCUCUGUGUCGUCUCCAGCCACAGCAGAAACACCUCAUCCAUCAUGACCACCUUCACCUCUUCCUCCAGGUCCGUGAGGACCUCCAUGGGGAGCUCCAGCGGCUCCAUGAUCGGCCUCAGCGGUGGCAGGCGGGUGUCAGCCAUGAGGGCCGGCAGCGUGUACGGCGGAGCAGGAGGCUCUGAUGUCCGUAUCUCCUCCGCCUCCAUGGGCGGACGCCUCGGUGCUGGCUUCGGCGGUGGCUACUCGUCCUCCGUCAGCUACAGUGUGUCCGGCACGGACGACAGUCUCAUUGGCAACGAGAAGUUCACCAUGCAGAACCUGAACGACCGCCUGGCCACCUACCUGGCCAAGGUGCGCUCCCUGGAGAAGGCCAACGCCGAGCUGGAGCUGAAGAUCAGACAGUUUGUGGAGAGCAAGGUCGGCCCCACCACCAGGGACCACACCGCCUUCUUCGCCACCAUCUCCGAAAUCACUGGCAAGAUCCAGGGCGCCAUCAGGGUGAACGGAGCCGUCCAUCUCAGCAUCGACAAUGCCCGCCUGGCAGCUGACGACUUCAGGACAAAGUAUGAGAACGAGCUGGCCAUGCGUCAGUCCGUGGAGGCCGACAUCGCCGGGCUGAAGAGAGUCCUGGACGAGCUGACUCUGGCCAGGUCCGACCUGGAGAUGCAGAUCGAGGGUCUGAGGGAGGAGCUGAUCUUCCUCAAGAAGAACCACGAGGAGGAGCUGCUGGCGAUGCGCGCUCAGAUGAGCGGUCAGGUCCACGUGGAGGUGGACGCCGCUCCAGGAGAAGACCUCACCAAGGUCAUGGCUGAGAUCAGGGAGCACUACGAGAGCGUCGCUGCCAAGAGCCAGAGAGACCUGGAGACCUGGUUCCAGACCAAGACGGAGGCCCUGAGCAAAGAGGUCACCACUCAGACGGCCACCCUGCAGACGUCCAGGACAGAGGUGACAGAGGUCAAACGGACGCUGCAGUCUCUGGAGAUCGAGCUGCAGUCCAUGCUGAGCAUGAAAGCAUCACUGGAGAUGACUCUGGCUGAGACACAGAACCGCUACGCCAUGCAGCUCUCUGGAUACCAGGCACAGGUGUCGUCCCUGGAGGGGCAGCUGGUGCAGCUGAGGGCCGACCUGGAACGUCAGGGACAAGAUUACAGCAUGCUGCUGGACAUUAAGACCAGACUGGAGAUGGAGAUCGCCGAGUACAGGAGGCUGCUGGACGGAGAGGCCACCAGCAGCGUCAGCACCACCUCCUCCUCCUCCUCAAGCACUACGACCAAGCGGGUGGUGACGGUGGUGGAGCAGGUGGUUGAUGGGAAGGUGGUCUCCUCCAGUUCCUCCGCGUCCUCCUCCUCCUUCUUGAGCCACUGAUCUGGUGCAGAGGACGACAGCGAGUCCUCUCUGUCUCUGCUAACGAGAAUCUGACGUCCAGUCAAUAAAAAGAGAGUCCACAGAAA